UUGGCGUUGAACGGUUCAUGAACUUUUAUCCCGACAAACCUCUGUUUCGAAGGACUAAUAGAAAGACGCGGGAGGAGUAACAACCACCCAUUUGUUUCGCUUCACUCCACCGGGAAGCACGAUGGAAUGUUACUAGGUACUAACUUUUGAAUUUCAAUACCAUCGAGAGUAGAAGUUUUGAAAAUUGUGAAUGAAAAACUUAUCAAAACUCCAUAAUCGGUGCUGAUUGAACGAUUAUGGAAGUGAAACAAGUCAAUCUGGGUCGAGCUGUGUGCUGUGAUAAUGAGUGAAAAGGUGAAAGCACGUUGCAUAACUUCCGGGUUCUAAUGCAGGGCAGUUUAACGGAAUUUUAGGCUUCGGUAAAUUCGAAGAAAAAAGUUGAUGUGUGUUUGAAAAAGUGUUGAGGAAACGUGUCGUCAGAGUUUGGAUAUGCUCACAAAACUGCUUACACUUUGAAAAGGUUCACCCUCAACACAGGAGUAGCAGGAUAUUCAUCGCGACCUAGCUGCAAAUAUAAUGACUCUGUUGAUGGACUGCGCUAGGAGGAGGCGUUUCCUGACCCGGAACUACUAAACCUUCAGCUAACUGGAAGUGGAAAUCGGGAAAAAAAACGUGGGAAAAGCAGAUACAACUAAGAAAAAAAACACUAGGUAUACAAAGCUAAUAUUGAAUUGUAAUCGCGUGGCGGCGUGGCGUGGGGCACACGCGAAUGUUAAACGGCAAUAUCCGUGUUGUUGUUCUGCCGCCGCCAUCGAGCCAUCAUCGUCAUAUUCAUCAACGGCAGGUGUUGGAAACGGCCACCCCAUCAUCGUCAAGGAUGCGCCCCGGCGGAGGAGGAGGAGGUGAUAAUGGCAACGGCGGAACCGGAAGCGGAACCCGGGAACUGGUGGCCAGGUGGCGCGUUCCGAUGCACGGCAAGGUUUACGAGAUCGAGUUCGAGCACGGAACCACCAGCGGGAAACGGGUCCUGUGGAUCGAUAAGGAGGAAAUAUUCCGCCGGGACUGGAUGUUCAAGCUGGUCGGGGAAGAUAUGUUCAAGCUGGAGGACAAGCGCUGCAUUAUUAGAGUAGAUCCCUUGCCGGGAUUCAAAUACAGCUACUCACUGUUUGUGGAUGGGAAAUCGUACGAACAGUUUACUGAAUCACAAGCCAAAGCACUUAAGACGUGGGAGGUCAAUCUAGGGGACAAUUUCUAUCGAAUUGUGUUAGAGAAGAACACUCUUAAUAUCUAUGUCAAUGGAAAACUAAUCGAGGAAAAUGGCGAGUUUGUAGAGGGCGGCACCGACAACACCUUUAUCGAGGACGGCAACACCUUCGUGCUGCGGGCCCGAGCCAGUGGGAACAAACGCGAAGGGAUCGUGCACUCGCUGGUCGUGAAUGGGGCCGUGGUGGGUGACUCUGCUGAUUCCGAUAACAGCGCCACGGAUGCCAACGAUGAUGAGUAGCGGAACUAGUUAGUUAGCUAAAGUAGUGGGUGUAUUUGGUGGCUUACAGUUUGUUGAAAAUGUUUGACUUGAUUUGUAAAUUUUAAGUACUAAAAUGAUUGUGUCAAAGUGAAUCUGUUGGUUAAGCUGUUUGUUUUUGCACAUAGUUUUGAU